UGUCAAGAUACCAGUGUUUCCCAGCUUGAUCUAGAUUCCACACAAUCUCAAUCAAAAUGUUAUUUUGUGGAUAGUGACAAACUGAUUCUGACAUUUAUGAGAAGCAAAACCCGUGUUAGCCAACACAAUAUUGAAGGAGAAGAACAAAGUUGAGGACCAACAAUACUCAAGUUCAGGAUUUAUUGUAAAGUCACAAUGCAAACCAUAUUUCUUGCCUAGCUUCUGGUACUUUGCUGGCAGUCUGUGGCAUUCCUUGACCUGUAGAAGCAUUACUCUGAUCGCUGCCGUCAUCUACACAUGCCAGACUCCACCUGUACAUGUCUCUCUGUCCAAAUUUCCCCUUUUAUUUCCUAGUCCUUUUAGAUUACAUCCCUCCCUAAUCACCACAUCUCAACUAACUACAUCUGCAGUAGCCCUAUUUCCAAAUAAGGUUACGUUGUGGGAGUUAGGACGUCAACAUGCGAAGUUAGGUGGGGGACACAAACUCCUAAGAAAUGCCAUGGUAGUGAAUAACAUUCUGUCCUCAUAUAGCAGAAGUAUUACAGACAAGGAAUGCAUAUCUGUAUGCAGAAUAUAUACAUUUCGGUGAGGACAAAUCACUUCAUAAUAAAAGAGGUACAAUGUAAUCAACCUGCCACCAGGCGGCUGGCUGCUUCCCACCCUCAGAAAAGAGUGCUAUAUCAAGAGGUCAGCAUUAUUAGAUUCUGGUGUUGAUAGGUUGGGUAGUCAGCAGUGGCAGUAGCCAGACUGGUCUUGCCGAGAGGAAGACUGUGUUGCUGAGUCUGCGCAUAGCCUCCAUCCCUACAACAUGGCUACGUUGUGUUUGCUUCCAUUAACUAGGACCUGGGGUGACUGAAGAAAGAGGCUGACUGAUGGUUUGGCUCUGUGAUCCAUAGGAUGUGUCAGCGUGUCCACCUGAUUACUGAAAACCUCCUCUGUAUUAGAUUCCCUUUGGUGACUAUUCACACAGCACUAUAAAAUCUUCACACUCUACGCCCAGUCUGAAAGGUAUUUGAAAAGAAAAUGCCACUCAUUAGGAUGCUGAGGCGAGUGGGGCAGAGCCCAGCGUGUGUCUGCUGGACGUCCUUCCUGCCAGUCCGAUUUCUGGGCGUCUCCCCUCGGCAAAUUCCAGCAGAUGCCAACUUCUACUCUGCCUCUUUCUCUGACACAAACCAUCCACGAGUCUUAAUUACAGGGGGUCUUGGCCAGCUGGGAGUGGGGCUUGCUAAUCUUUUGAGGCAACGAUUCGGGAAGGACAGUGUGAUUUUGUCUGACAUAAAGAAACCCCCCGAUCAUGUCUUUCACAGUGGUCCAUUCAUUUAUUCUGAUAUCUUGGAUUACAAGAAUCUUCGGGAGAUCGUGGUGAACAACCGCAUCACCUGGCUGUUUCAUUACAGCGCCUUGCUCAGCGCCAUUGGAGAAGCAAAUGUCUCUCUGGCGAGAGCAGUGAAUAUAACUGGCCUGCAUAACAUCCUGGACGUCGCUGCGGAACACAGUCUGCGAUUGUUUGUACCUAGCACGAUCGGAGCUUUUGGACACACCUCUCCCCGGAACCCAACCCCUGAUCUCUGUGUUCAGAGACCCAGGACCAUCUACGGGGUGUCCAAGGUCCAUGCGGAGCUCAUGGGAGAAUAUUAUCAUUACCGAUAUGGGUUAGAUUUCCGGUGCCUGAGAUAUCCUGGAAUCAUUUCAGCUGACUCCCAGCCUGGAGGAGGAACCACUGACUAUGCAGUCCAGAUUUUUCAUGAUGCCACAAAGCAUGGCAAAUUCGAGUGCAACCUGGAAGCUCACACGAGGCUGCCGAUGAUGUAUAUUGAUGACUGUCUCAGGGCCACCCUGGAGGUCAUGGAGGCCCCCGCUGAGUCCCUCUCCAUGAGGACCUACAACAUCAGUGCCAUGAGCUUCACGCCCGAGGAGCUUGCCCAGGAAGUCCUCAAGCAUGUGCCGGAGUUCCAGAUCACAUACAACGUGGACGCCAUCCGGCAGGCCAUAGCGGAUAGUUGGCCGAUGAAAUUAGAUGACAGCAACGCUCGGAAGGACUGGGGGUGGAAACACUAUUUUGACCUUCCAGAGUUGGUGACUACCAUGUUGACCUUCCACGGAUCUGAAACCAGAGUUUCCCAAGCCAACUGAAGGAGUUUGAAAGAGAAGAUCCUGCGCGCCCUGGUCCACUGUCCAAGGAGAACCGUCACCACUCCACGGUUCUAGAUUCCAAAGAGCUUACAUUAUUUGGAACUGACUAAUUGGACUAAAUUUUGGCAGUUCAUAUUGAACCGCUAGACAAAGAAUGGAGUAAAUUUCAAGCAUUUUCAGAACGUUGUAGGUACGGUGGUGGGGACUUCGCAGUUUUCGAUGUUUGCCUGAACUUGUCUAAACACAUUCCACAGGAUAAGGCUUAAGUCAUCAUUAGUUUCCAUUUCCUUAAUUAAGAUGAAGUGACCAUUUCUGGGAAGGUGGAAGUAUGUGACAUUUGUAUUUAAUUAAAUUCAAUUUAAAUAUU